AUGAGGCAGUUGGCCGUUGAUGAAGGGCAUGCGUAUCCAAUCGGUGCUAAGGUCAUCUGCCGAGAUUUUUAUGUGGAUGACAUGAUUUCUGGCGCCAAUUCAAUAGGCGAGGCUCGUGAAAUUCUCCACCAAACAAGGGAGUUACUAGCCAAGGGGAAUUUUAAAUUGCGAAAGUGGUGUUCGAGCGAACGUCGUGUGCUUGCUGACGUUGCAGCCGAGGACAGGGAGAAUCUAUUACAGUUUCAUGAUGGUACUAACGUCACAAAAACCCUUGGUCUAGUCUGGGAGCCCGACUCCGACAUCUUCAUAUUUUCCUUUUCGCCACUCGUGCCACAAUCGAAAUUGACCAAGCGCGCAAUUUUAGCCACCAUUGCCCGACUAUAUGAUCCCCUCGGUUUAAUCGGGCCCAUCAUAACGAAGGCCAAAAUCUUCAUGCAACAGCUUUGGAAGGAAAAAUUACAUUGGGACGAAGGCCUUCCACAAUCAUUACAUUAUACUUGGAAGGAAAUAUGUGAAGAGUACACCCUGGUUGAUCGUUUCAGUUUUGAUAUAUAUGUUUUGAUCCCUGGCUCUAGCUUAGAAGUGCAUGCAUUCUGCGAUGCAAGUUUGUUAGCAUAUGACGUGUGCGUAUACGUGCGUGCUGGGAAAGAUGGAACCGUCCGCACAAAUCUUCUUUGCUCCAAGUCCCGCGUUGCACCACUAAAGACGCUGACUAUACCAAAACUCGAGCUUUGA